AUGUUACAAGAGAUUGCGCCAGAAUUGCUUCGUAAUGUUGCUGGGAUUUACGUAGAGCAUAUCAAUCGUUUUUUCACUUUGGCUUCUUCUAACGAUAUCGGUGUUACUACUGAUCUGGAAACUUCUUUGUCGGCUUUGAAAUGUAUACGACGCUUGACUGUUUAUGGAUUUAAGGAUAUUAGCAAAGUUGAUGAAACAAAGACUUUUUUCCUUUUAGUAUUGGAACAUUUGCAGAAAUUUCAUGCUUUGAGAAACGCAUUUCAAGAUUCUGCGUCUCCAAGCUUAGAGUUUAUCGAUGCACAUAUUACACGGAUAGGAAAAUUCUAUAUCGAACUGUUAAAAACUCAUCCGAUUUCUUUUAUAAUGACGCCGGGGGCUGUAGAUGUUAUUCAGUACUACUGGAAAUUACUAAUAACUUACGGAAAAUCUAAUGAAGACCUGUCAUGCAAGUCUCCUGUCAUAGAAAAGUAUUUAAUACAAGCAUUAUUGCUUUUAAAAGGCAUAAUCAGGAAAUCAGCAUAUAACCAUGGUCUUAAAGAAUCUAAAGAUUUGCAAGUAUCUGAAGCAAUGCGGAUCGUGGAUGAACAAAUAUCAACACCCAAUUUUGUUGAAUCUUGUGCAGAAUUAUUGAUCUCAAAUUUGAUUAUUUUGAGGAAGGAUGACUUAAUAAUGUGGGAGGAAGACCCAGAAGGAUGGAUUAAUUAUGAUGAGUCUGAUCAUUGGGAGCAUCAUUUAAGGCCUUGUGCAGAGAAAGUCUUUAUGGAUUUAUUAUCACAGUAUCGAGAUUUAUUGUCGCCAAAAAUUGUCAAAUUGAUCGAGAAUGUUGCAAAAUCUCAAACAUGUGACUUGAUACUAAAAGAUGCGGUCUAUUGUGCUGUCGGCCUUGGAGCUCACGAAUUAUAUGAUGAACUCGAUUUCGAUUCAUGGCUCGUGAACAGCCUUUUAAUUGAAGCUGCAAAUAAUAAUCCAAACUUUAAAAUUAUCCGUCGCCGUAUUGCGUGGGUGAUUGGUAGAUGGGUAUGCGUCAAAAUAUCGAAAGAAAAUCGACCAAAAGUAUACGAUGCAAUGACAUAUUUGAUAAAUCCUGAAGAAGAUUUAAUUGUUAGGAUGACGGCCGCAAUUAAUUUGGGAAACUAUAUCCUUUAUCUUUUUAAAAAAGUUAAUAUUGGGGGAUUUGUAACAUACCUUGAUCGAGCGAUUACAUUCUUAACUCGCUUGAUCGGAGAAGUUGAACAAUAUGAGAGUCGAAUGAGAAUUUUGAACUGCCUAUCUCUUAUAGUAGAAAGAAUGGAAGAGCUGAUAACAAACUUAUUACCACCUUUGUGGCAAGCUGCUCAUGAUGAACAUUUGUUUAAACCAGCUAUUCUUUCGAUAUUGACUAAACUUGUUAAGGCCCUGAGAGGAGAGUCUAUUAAUCUCCACGAAUUUAUAAUACCGAUAAUUCAAUAUAGUGUGGAUCCAAGCAGUGACGAAUAUGUUUACCUUUUGGAAGAAGCAUUGGAUCUUUGGUUGGCUAUACUUGAAAAUUCUGUGGAAUGUACACCACUCAUGUUUAGCCUUUUCCCUGCAGUUAUAGGAUUAAUGGAGUAUGGAUCUGAAAAUUUCAAAAAAGUUCUCAGGAUACUUGAAAGUUACAUAGUAUUAGUACCAGAGAUGAUUACUCAAUCGUAUUGUCAUCCAAUUAUGGAUGUUUUCUCUCGGUUGUUGGGAGGGUUGAACUCUGAAGCUUGCCGUGCGAUAAUCCAGGUUAUUGAUAUCAUGUUGCAGACCUGUCCUUUUCAAGCAUUAAGUGAAACUAUGAUCAACACUGGUCUUCUAUGGAAGCUUUUUAACUCUAUUCUGUCUGGUAGUGAGGAGUAUCCAUAUGUCAUCGUUAGCUAUAUUUCAAUACUAGCUAGGAUAGUUAUUAUUGAUACACAAUUUUUCAUACAGUUCGUAACGAUUGCUAAUCAACAAUAUAAUUUACCACAAAUCAAUUUGAUUAAUAAGAUAUUGGAAGUGUGGUUGGAUAAGUUUGACAAUAUAGGUCAUCCAAAACAGAGAAAAUUGAAUGCCAUGGCAUUUGCAACAAUAAUCACCACAACGAAUCCAAUAAUCUUAGGAUGUUUACAACAAUUUAUUGGUAUUUGGUGUGAUGUACUUAGUGAGAUCAGGGAAUCUGGAGGUGGAGACACUUUGGUUUAUUGGCAAGAAGAGUAUUCGAUAGAAAGUGGAGUAGGUGAUGAACAUGAUGAUACACCAGAAACAAAAAGAAAACGUGCACUUUUGCAAAGAGAUCCAAUUCAUACAACCAAUCUUAUUCAAUACAUUCGUACUAAAAUAGCGGAGUGUGAAGCAAUUAAUGGCGGGUCACAAUUAUUUAAUCAAAAUUAUAUUAGAACUGUGGAUAGCAUAUUAUUGGAUCAAUUAAAUGGACUAAUGAAUUCUAAUUAA